GCUUAAGUUGAAACCCCAAAGCUAUACUAGACCCCAAACCAUGAAAACCACUCUUUCAUUUUCCUCUAUCUUCCUCAUCACUCUUGCCUUUAACUCAAGGCCAUCCUCCGCCGCCGCCGUCAACCACACCGCCACCGCAGCGGAGACCGACUUCAUCCUCACCGGCUGCAAUGCCUCCACAGUACUCUACCAGAAGUUAUGCCAAAAGUCGCUCUCCCCCUACGCUAGGGUCGUGAAUAAAAACACCACCAUGCUGGCUAGGGUGGCCAUUAUCAUCAGCCUGAAGAAAGCCAACUCCGUCGCCGCUUAUGUCGGAAACAACUCUCUCCAACACAAUUCCGAGAUCCUCAAAGAAUGCUCCGGCCAUCUUAAGGAUUCCCUGUACGAGAUACAGAGGUCGGUCAAGCAGAUGAAAGAGCUAGUCGGCGGCUCGGCGGCGAUGAUGGUGAACAACGUACAGACGUGGAUGAGCGCCGCCGAGACGGAUCAGGAUAAUUGUCUGGAUGGGACCCGCGCCUAUGCUAAAUUGCAAGGUCAGGUUAAAACUCUUAAGAUGUUCACAAGCAAUGCGCUUGCUUUGGUCAACGCCUAUGCAGAAAAGAUUGUGAACCCAUGAUAAGGACUUGCAUGCGUCUUAGCUGAUUAAUUAUUAGUGUGCAUCGGCUGAUUGUAUUUUGAGCCCUGCCUUAUUAAAGAAAAUCAUUUUGCAUAAUGCAUCUUCUAAUGUUUCAUUGUAAGAAAG